GGCGCCCGGGCGGUCGGAGGGGAAGGACGUGUGCGUGGUCCGCUCACUCCUGGCCACGCCUGAUAUAUUGUGUUGUGUUGCAGAUAGUUUGCGAAAGAAAUAUAUAAAUGGAUAUAAAUGAGUAUAAAUAAACAGCUUACCAGUGGUAUAUUGGAAGAAUUGUUAAAGUUAACACAGUGUUUGUGUAUGCUCUUGCAAAUUGUAACAAACACAUUGAUGUUUAUAUAUGCUUUUUUAAGUUACAAGAAAAUUUGAAAAAAAAAAAUAAGGUGUUGUCUCAUACUUUUAGGAGGCAAGACGUGAAUGUGAUAAUAGUAAGGAACAGUAUAAUAAUGUGUCAGUAUAUAUAUACUAGAGAACUUAUGCUAGUUAACCCGUGAUAACUAUAGCCAUAAAGCUUCUAACUACCUCAAUAAUAAAAGUUCCUCCAGAAUAUCGUAAAUAAUUGAAAAAUAUUUAAUGCCAGUUGGUGUAGAGUGUGAAGUUAAGAAACGUAGUUGUAGUUAGUGCCGGAAACUGCUGGGUUGGCCCUUGUAAGCUCUGAUGAUUACUAGGCCUCAGCCCGGCCCGGCCACCAUGGAACUUCUUGAUCUCAGGAAGAAGAGAAGCAAUACCACAGUCAAGAGUCAUAACGCUAAGUUGGAGGUUGAAGGCGAGGUUGAGGGCGGCGGGUCGAAGGCUCUGUUUCUGGAAAAGGUUCGUCAGAGUAAUGCUGCGUGCCAGUCUGGGGACUUCGAGACAGCGGUGGCCCUCUACACCGAGGCCAUCGCUCUCGAUCCCCACAACCACAUCCUCUACUCCAACCGCUCCGCCGCCCACAUCAAGCUCGCCAAGUUCGCCCACGCCCUCCAGGAUGCCACCAAGGCGCGGGAGCUCAACCCCAAGUGGCCCAAGGCGUACUACCGCCAGGGUGUGGCUCUGCAGUGCCUGGGCCGCCAUGCUGACGCCCUGGCAGCCUUCAGCAGCGGACUUGCUCAGGACCCCAAAUCCCUCCAGCUGCUGGCCGGACUUGUCGAGGCUGCCAUGAAGAGUCCCCUGAGAGCCACCCUGGAGCCCACCUACCAGCAGCUGCAGACCAUGAGGCUGGACAAGAGCCCCUUCGUCAUCAUCUCCGUUAUUGGCCAGGAGCUGCUCGCCGCUGGCCACUACGCUGCCGCCGUCGUUGUCUUGGAGUCAGCACUCAAGAUUGGCACGUGCUCACUCAAGCUACGGGGCUCAGUCUUCUCGGCGCUCUCCUCGGCCUACUGGGCUCUCAAUUCUCUUGACAAGGCUGUCUCAUACAUGCAGCAAGACCUGGCAGUGGCCAAAUCUCUGGGUGACAUCGCGGGCGAGUGCCGGGCCCACGGUAACCUGGGAAGUGCCUAUUUCAGUAAGGGUAACUACAAGGAGGCACUCACCUCGCACCGCUACCAGCUGGUACUGGCCAUGAAGUGCAAGGAUACCCAGGCAGCAGCGUCAGCCCUCACCAGCCUUGGUCACGUGUACACAGCCAUCGGGGACUAUCCCAACGCUUUGGCGUCACACAAACAGUGCGUCCAGCUAGUCAAACAGAUGGGCGACAAGCUUCAGGAGGCGCGAGAGAUCGGCAACGUUGGGGCUGUCUACUUGGCCAUGGGCGACUUUGAUAGCGCCGUCGACUGCCACAUGGAACACCUACGCAUCGCCAAGCACCUCAAUAACAAAGUGGAAGAGGCGCGCGCCUACAGCAACCUAGGCUCCAGUCACCACUACAAGCGCAACUUCGACCAGGCCAUAGCCUUCCAUAACCAUGUGCUUCGCAUCGCUCAGGACCUAGGUGACCGUACCAUCGAGGCCAGAGCGUAUGCGGGGCUGGGGCACGCCGCACGCUGCAUGAGCGACUACGUGCAGGCGCAACGCUGGCACGAAAAACAGCUGGACAUGGCACUCAGUACCAAAGACAAAGUGGCUGAGGGUCGAGCUUGUUCCAACCUGGGUAUUGUCUACCAGCUGAUGGGUCAUCAUGAUGCCGCUCUUAAACUACACCAGGCGCACCUCAACAUUGCCAGACUCCUGCAGGAUCGUGCAGGCAUGGGUAGGGCCUAUGGCAACAUCGGUAAUGCCUACUCCGCCAUGGGCUACUACGAACAGGCCAUUAAAUACCACAAACAGGAGCUGACAAUCAGCAAAGAAGUCAACGACCGCAUGAGCGAAGCCUCGACGCAUGGGAACCUGGCAGUGGCAUACCAGGCAUUGGGCAUGCACGAGAUGGCACUCCUUCACUACCACUCACACCUCAACAUCGCCCGGGAGCUGAAGGACACAGCGGGGGAGGCGUGCGCCCUCCUGAACCUGGGCAACUGCCAUUCUUCGCGAGGGGAGUUCGCACAGGCAGUACCUUACUACGAACAAUACCUUAUGCUCUCCCAGGAGCUGCAUGACACUGAGGGCGAGGCCAGGGCAUGUCACUUCCUCGGCUACGCUCACUACUGCCUCGGAAACUUCAAGGAAGCUAUCAGGUACUACGAUCAGGAUCUGGCAUUAGCGAAGGACCUGCAGGAUCGCAAGUCGAUGGGUCGCGCAUACUGUAACCUGGGUUUGGCACAUCUGGCACUCGGAAACUCAGAGACCGCACUGGAAUGCCAGAAAUAUUUCCUCGCGCUGGCACACAUGAUGAAGCAUCUGCAGGGCAAGUUCCGAGCUCUGGGCAACAUCGGUGACGUGUUGAUGAAGAUGAAGAAUUACGACGAGGCUGUGAAGGUGUACCAGAAGCAGCUGGUGCUGGCCAAGCAGUCCAGAGACAAGGUGCUCGAAGCCUCCGCCUAUGGCGCCCUCGGCCUAGCGCACAGGCUCCUCAAGUGCUUCGACAAGGCACUAGGGUACCAUACUCAGGAGCUGACGAUCCGGCAGGAGAUGGGAGACAUCAAGGGAGAAUGCAAGGCCCAUGGGCACCUAGGUGCUGUGCACAUGUCCCUUGCUAACUACACCAACGCUAUGAAGUGCUAUGAGGAACAGCUAGAGCGAGCUAAGGAGCUGAAGGACGCAUCUUUGGAGGCCCAAGCCUUUGGUAACCUUGGCAUCGCGCGGCUUAACAUGGGGCAUUUCGAAGAUGCCAUCGGGUACCUGGAGCAGCAACUUGCCACACUGGAGCAGCUCUCUACCACCACUGCUGUCGUCGACAAAGGUCGUGCCUUUGGCAACCUUGGCGACUGCUACGAUGCUCUUGGAGACUCAGAUGAAGCCAUUAAGUGUCACGAGCAGUACUUGGCAAUUGCUCUUAAGACCAAGAGUCCUCGGGAUCAGGAGCGGGCGUACCGUGGGCUGGGCAGCUCUCACCGCUGCAUAGGUAACCUGCAACAAGCGCUUGUCUGUUAUGAAAAGAGACUAGUGGUAUCCCAUGAGCUCAACACUCCAGCUGCCAAGGGCUCAGCGUAUGGUGAGCUGGGCCACAUCCACUCCCUCCUUGGUAACUUUGAGCAAGCCAUCUCCUGCAUGGAGCACCAGCACCAUAUAGCCAGGGAGCUGGGAGACAAGCUGUGUGAGGCGGAGGCAGCAUGUGGCCUAGGCACUGUCUACCAACAGAUGUGCGAGUAUACCACUGCCUUAAGAUACCACCAGCUGGACUUGCGCAUUGCUGAAGAGCUCACUAACCCAGCUGAGCAGGGACGAGCCCACGGCAACAUCAGCCUCGCCUAUGAAUCUCUGGGAAACUUCGAACAGGCAGUGACACACGGAGAACAGCACCUCAGUAUAGCUGCUCAGAUGAACGACAAGGUGGCUAAGACCCUGGCUUACGCAUCUCUGGGUCGGGUGCAUCAUGCCCUUGGGAACACCACUCAGGCAGUGGCGUACCUGCAGCAGGGCCUUCAGAUCGCUGAACAGCUGGGCCGGCGUGAGGAUGAGGCCAAGAUCCGACACCGUCUGGGCAUGGCACUCUGGGGUCAUGGAGACCUGGAGGCAGCACAGACACAGCUUGACCGAGCAGCUCAUCUCCUCGAUACUAUACGCCGAGAAGCUCGAGGCUCACAGGACUAUCGCCUCUCGCUUUUUGACCUUCAAACUGCUUCUUAUCAGGCAUUACAGCGGGUCUUGGUGGGGUUAGGUCGCAAUGAAGAUGCACUGCUAGUGGCAGAACGUGGUAGAACCCGGGCUUUCGUUGACCUCCUGUUUGAACGUCAGGGAGGAACAACCACUUCCAGAGCCUCCAGGAUUGAGGACUCGACCCCAUCUACUGUAGACCAGAUCAUUGACAUCGUAAACCGACAGAAGGCUUCUGUUCUGUACUACAGCAUAGCUGCCGGCUGUCUCUAUAGCUGGCUUAUAGUGCCAAAUAAAGGUAUUGUAAAGUUUAAUGAAGUAAGUGUGAGUGAAGUGGAAGCUGAGCGAGAAGGCGACUGUGGGGAGGAUGCCUCUGGAACCUGUGGAUCACUACUAGAGCACUACAUUCAGUCAGUGCGAGAUGCCCUGGGGGUGGAGUGCGGUGCAGGUGUUACCAGAGGAGGUAUUGCCAGCGAGACGGAGAGUGAAGCUGGGGAUAUGUGGAAUGCUCACCUAGAGGAGCUUGGCGACAAGCUCAACCAUGAAGCUGAUAGAACAGGCUUUUUGAGGAUGGUUAACCGUAAUCAUUUGUUCAAUUCUUCAAAUUACUCUCUGUCAUCUCUCUUCUCCCUGGGGUCAGUCAGUGGAUCAAUUGCUUCUGGUCCUGCAUCGCGGCCUGGUUCCACUCGUUCUCGGAGGGUGACCUGGCAGGGUCCCUCAUGCCUCCGCUCCCUUUAUGAGCUACUCAUUGCACCAAUGGAAGACUACUUGCCAGAGGCUGGUGUGUCACGAGAACUGAUGCUCGUACUGGAAGGAGAUCUCUACCUUGUUCCAUUCCCUGUCCUGAAGGGCACAAACUGUAAUGACUAUCUGUGUGAACGGUAUUCAUUGCUCGUUGUGCCUUCUAUCAGUGCUCUGAGAGUAAGUCAGCGAUCAAAGAACUCAAAACCCAGUGGUGAGCAAACAUCUGCGCUUGUGAUAGGCAAUCCGAAAUUACCGAGCACUGUGACUGAACAGUGGGGCUGGGGGGAUAUUCCCUAUGCUGAGCAGGAAGCUACUAUUGUGGCAGAAAUGUUACAAACAAAGGCACUGACGGGAGCUUGUGCCAACAAAGAGGCCAUCUUAAGACUCAUAUCCCAAGUUGAGUGUAUCCACCUGGCAUCCCAUGUUUCUUGGAAAUUAUCUGCUGUGAUACUUUCUCCAGGCGAGUUUGUAGAGUCUCGGGCAUCAAAAAGGCUGUCUCACUCAUCUCAACCCGAGGCCAUCCAUGAACAUUUGGAUGAUGAAGGCUCGGAGAUCGCAUCCACUAUUGACUUGCCAGCGCUAUCAGAGUUCCUGCUGACAGCUGCUGACAUCUUGAACUUGAAACUGCGUGCUAAGUUGGUUGUAGUGUCAUCAUGUCACACAAGAGACCACCACGGACGAGCAAAUAGUGAUGGGGUGGUUGGCUUGACUCGCGCACUGCUGGCAGCCGGGGCGCAGUGUGUCCUGGUCUCCCUCUGGCCUGUACCUGACACAGCCGUCAAAAUUCUCUUCAGAACGUUCUAUUCUUCGCUCCUUCAGGGGGCACGAGUGAGUCGAGCACUAUCAGAGGCCCAGCAGACAGUGCAAACCACUAAGCACUUUGCUCAUCCUGCCAACUGGGCUGGCUUUCUGCUCAUCGGUGCAGAUGUCAAGCUCUCCAAUAAGGUGGCAUUGAUGGGACAGGCACUAUGUGAACUGCUGAGAACACCAGACAAGUGCCGGGAUGCCCUCAGAGUCACACUGCACCUGGUAUGUACUACCAGUGCUGUUAAUAAAAUGAAGGAAAGGGAGGAAGAGAGAGAAUUAGUUUAAUAACUUUAUUAUGCACCCAAUACCCAUCCUGUGGGUGGUAGCCAAAAGAUUAAGAGGCACAUAAUGAGUCCAGCGACUGGGCCCCAAAGUUUUGAUAGCUACAAAAAAAAAGUUAGCAAUAAUAAAUUAUUUACAAGGUUAUAUCUAGUUAUAAUUGUAAAGAUUUAUUUAU